GUCUCGGUGUAUGAGUGAGGCAUUAUGGGAACUUUCUUUGCACAGCUCAGCAUUCCUGUUUGGCUUCUGAUCAUCGGAAUGGGAGAAAUAUUGGGAUACUUACGGGCACUAUUGAGAGAACUGAAGGCUUCGGGACUUCAGUUAUACGCAACGCGACUUUGUCUGUUCUGCUCCGCAAACGAACCCUGUUCUCACAAACACAUUCUCAGUCCCAGUCUGUCCCUCAGAGCCAAACCCUGCUGGCAAGAAAAGCAUGAUAUCCAAAAAGUGCGUAGGGGGGUGCCUGAUCGUCCUAUUGCUGUUCCUGCUUGUGUGCUUUAUGCAGGACACACAGAUUGCAAAACAUUUAGAACAUGCCAAAAAUCUUUUUUUAAAUGAAAGAAAAAUCCAACAUCUAACCAUGGAACAGUGUGAAAAGAAACUGCUGCUGGAUCAGAAAAAUAGAAGUAUGCAGAACAGACAGAUUGUGUUUCAGGAGAAACAUGUAGAAGAUGCCAAAAAUGUUGAUAUAUAUGAAAGAAAAAUUCAAGAUCUAAACAUGGAAAUAAAACAGUGUGAAAGGAAACUGCUACUGGAUCGGAAAGAUUUAAGUCGAAAACCUGCACUCCAAAUCCUCACUCUCUGGCUUGCACCUAUUGUAUGGGAUGGAACAUAUGACCUUCGGAUUUUAAACAACCAAUUUAAGAACAAGACGAUUGGACUGUUUGUGUUUGCGGUGAAAAAGAAUCUUAGACCAUUCUACACGAAUUAAGUCCUUAACCUCUCUAUGGAUUAGAAAGGCCAUCCUCUUUUUCUUGGCAAAAGAAUGGAGGAAGUCGAUGAUCUGGAUCUUUCAAAUUAAGUGUGUGUCUGAUUGUCUUAAAAAGAGGAUUUUAAUGCUUUUGAUCAAAUACAGCUAUCUUCCACUCCUUACUCUUCAGAUGAAACACUCUUGUCAGAAGAAAUCUCUUGUACAGAGGAAUCCUUUCCCGGACAGGAAUCCUAAUCCAGGACAUUGCUGUUGACUGUUUAUCUGGAAAGGCAGCUGAAGUAGAUGGAGCAGCUGAAUCUUGAGAGACUUGCUUAGAAACAGAAGGAUCAGACAUAUAUUCAGUGAAGCAGUCUUUACAGAUUCUUUUGUCCUUCAUAGCAGUCCUAUGGCAUGCUUUAAAGCAUCUCUCAACAUGCUUCUUUUUUUUCUUCCUGCUUGGCUCAUCAGAGGGAGCAGAAGCACUGGAAGAAUAAGGGUAGGACAUAAGUGCCUAGGAACUGGGGGAUUCUUUUCGUAGAGAUGGAAAAAAUACUCAGUACUCGCAUCACUAUGAUUGGAGCGGCUCUCUUGGAGGCAGCCGCAUCCAUUACCACACAAAGAGAGCAGCAACAGGGGCAGAGAAGGACUGGUGCCACAAUUUUUAAAAAUGCUGAAGGAGGUCGGCCACUGAUGACGUCAUUGCGCCGCCUCUAACCAGGAAGCGCAUAGUGCACAGGAGCCACUUUGUAGGACAGGGGCUUUGGGUAGAGAGAUUUUUAUGGGGGAACAGUGGAAGAGAUAAUAAACUUAGCAUUUCUUGUCACAAUGGCAUUGUUGCUGACAAGAAACGGAACAUGGAAGCUGUGUGGCAAGAAGAAUCUCAUCUGAAUAAGUAUCUUGUUUAUAAUAAACCCACUAAAGUACUAUCUCCAGAAUAUAUCUGGGAUACUAACUUGCCUAAUGGUGACCUAGUGAAAAAGAAAAGAUUCCUGGCUGUGCACAAGAAUCAUGCAGAAGUCAGAAACUAAGGCUCAUAGCACACACAGCAAUUUGUAAUCAGGGAACAGUGGUAGUGAAAAGAAAAAAUAGCCUGUCCCUCAACCACAAUUUUUACAUACUCUGAUACACAACCAAACAUGCUCCCCAUCAUAAAACUAUUGAUUUUAGGGCAAUGAAAGAAGCAGUGUUUUUAAUAAACAAAAAAACUCCCACCCUGGUAGUGAAAAUUACUGCAGUCAAAAAGACACGCUGUUGGAAGAUAACGCUGCAUCUGACGAGAUAACGUAUGAAAGUCUGACAGACUUUUUUCUGAUUGAAAUACCUUGCCUGUCAGAUGCAGGAACAAAACACACCAUCUGACUUUAUCUUUACCUUACAGCCUAUUGAGAUCAGAUUUUGUUGGAUCCCACAAAAUCUCAUGGUGGUGCAUGGUAUUGUGUGCUGUUGCAUGAAGGAACAGAUUAAAUCUGACCCACAAAGUCUUAUGAAAAUUUCCUGUGGAGUUUAGCCCUUAAGUUGUGUAAUCAAACCAAAAUGCCUUUUUACUCUGAUAUAAAUGUUGUAAAAUUAAUUUUUAUGGACUUGUUAUAAAAUGUACUCUGCAAUCCACACUUUCUAGUAAAAAAAAAUAUUAAUUAGCAAAUUAA